CUAUCCGAAAACAUCUCUCUCUCCUUCUCACUGCGAACUAAUUGAUAAUGAGUGGCUUAACCACGAGCUCAACGACCUGUCGAAUACCGACCUUCACAAUACGAUGCCGUUUCCGCGAGCCCUCGAGGACUCCGCUGGUGCUUAAACCUCCGCCGCCAGCGAGAUGCCGGAGAGUAAUUUGCAUGGCGGAGCCUUAUUUGAUAACGAAGCUGGAAUCUGCCGAGAAGACGUGGAAAGAAUUAUCGGUCAAGCUGGCUGACCCAGACGUCGUCUCGAAUCCUAGUGAAUACCAAAAGCUGGCACAAUCUAUGGCCGAGCUUGAUGAGGUUGUCUCAACCUUUAGGAGAUUCAAGGACUGUGAAAAACAGUUGGAAGAAACAAAAGCUUUAGAAAAAGAGGAUGGGAAUGAUGAGGAUAUGACGGAGAUAAUUGCUUACGAGAUUGAAUCUUUAUCCAGUGAAAUCAAAGAACUUGAGGAGAAGCUCAAGGUGCUACUUCUCCCAAGUGAUCCUCUUGAUGCGAGAAACAUAAUGCUUGAAGUGAGGGCCGGUACUGGUGGUGAUGAGGCUGGACUUUGGGCGGGUGAUCUUGUUCGCAUGUAUCAGAAGUACAGUGAGCGGAAUUCUUGGAAGUUUUCUCCACUUUCAAGCUCCGAGGCGGAAAAAGGAGGCUUCAAAACCUAUGUGAUGGAGAUAAAAGGAAAUCAUGUUUACAGCAAAUUAAAAUAUGAGUCUGGUGUUCAUCGGGUUCAACGUGUACCGCAAACAGAAGCACAGGGUCGUGUACAUACUUCCACAGCAACGGUUGCCAUUAUGCCCGAGGCUGAUGAAGUUGAGGUGGAAAUUGACCCAAAGGAUAUUGAACUAACGACAGCAAGAUCUGGGGGAGCUGGAGGGCAAAAUGUUAACAAGGUUGAGACAGCUGUUGAUCUUUUCCACAAACCAACGGGAAUCCGCAUAUUCUGUACUGAAGAACGGACUCAACUUCGGAACAAGACUCGUGCUCUUCAGUUGCUACGAGCAAAAUUAUACGAGAUAAAAGUGACGGAGCAGCAGGAAAAGAUAAGGAAUCAACGGAAAUCACAGGUCGGUACUGGUGCUCGCGCAGAAAAGAUAAGAACAUAUAAUUACAAGGACAAUAGAGUUACUGAUCAUCGGUUAAAGAUGAACUUUGAACUCACCUCUUUUCUUGAUGGUGAUAUAGAGAAUGCGGUUCAGGCUUGUGCCGCCAUUUAUCAGAAGGAACUCCUGGAAGAGCUUGCUGAAUCGGUGGGGGCUUCAGCUGUCUGAUUUUCAAAAGCAUUUUGUGGCGUUAUGGUUGGCAAGAUUCUGCUGAUGAGACCAUGUUUAGUAUACAUUUUUAGAUGACUGUUUGGAAAAAAAAAAAAAAAAAAGCAUUGAAUUUGGUGAAGAUAGAUGCAAUCGUGUGGUGCAUAUGAUUCUUUGGUGGCCUCUGACAUGGUCAAGUAGGUCCGUGGGAACACAGAACACCCAUUUGAACUUGUAUAACCUUUGGGUGCGUUUGGUUGGGAGAAAGGAAUGGAAUGGAAAGGAUGAAACAUGCUCAA